UUUCUCACACUGGAUCCAAACACAGCAAACACUCAACUCAUUCUGUCUGAGGAGCACAGAGAGGUGACACGUGUGUUUGAGAAACAGUCGUAUCCUGAUCAUCCAGACAGAUUUGAUUAUGAUCAUCAGGUGUUGUGUAGAGAGAGUGUGUGUGGACACUGUUACUGGGAGCUCGAGUGGAGUGGACAUGAUGUGUGUAUAUCAGUGUCAUAUAAGAGCAUCAGCAGGAAGGGUAAAGAGUGUGUGUUUGGACGUAAUAAUCAGUCCUGGAGUUUGUGCUGCUCUUCCUCCAGUUACUCAUUCAGACACAAUAAGAUUGAGACUCGUCUCCCUGUGAAGCCCAUCAUCAGCAGGAGAAUAGGAGUGUUUGUGGAUCACAGUGCAGGAACUCUGUCCUUCUACAGCGUCUCUGACACAAUGACACAUAUACACACAGUCCAGACCACAUUCACUCAGCCGCUCUAUCCUGGGUUUGGGGUUUAUAUUUAUGAAUCAUCAGUGAAACUGUGUUGA